GCGCGAAGGUGCCCAGAAGCCUCGCUCGGUUUGGCAUGAAGAGAUGGUUGCGGAACUGAAUGCUUCUGAGCUCCUCACAGUGGUUGGACUAUUGGGACUCUAAGAGACUUUACUGAGAGCUACUGUUCACUGCCUGGGGGGUUCCCCCCUGCUUCUUCUCCCAUUCUCCCCUCUCCAUCUAAAACUUCCAUGGACCGGGGGAUUGCCAUGGAGCCAAGGGAGAACCUGGGCACUUCCCGGCAGAGGGGAGGCGAGACGGAUUUCAUGGGCUCAGCCAUUGCUUCUGCGAAGGCCCCACCUGCUCCUGGUGGCGCUGGGGAGGCCGUGCUGCCGAGCUCUGCCUCUGCAAAAGGCGUCCCGGUGAGUGGCGAGCGCCUGGAGGCUGAGGAAGAGGACGAGCUCUGUUCGGGGCGCGACGUGGAUUCCACUUCCAACGCGGACAGCGAGAAAUGGGUGGCCGGAGAUGGCCUGGAGGAGCAGGAGUUUUCCAUCAAGGAGGCUAACUUCACCGAGGGAAGUCUGAAACUGAAAAUCCAGACGACAAAGAGAGCCAAGAAGCCCCCCAAGAACCUGGAGAACUAUAUAUGCCCACCCGAGAUCAAAAUCACCAUCAAACAGUCCGGGGAGCAAAAACUGUCAAGAGCUGGGAAAAAUAGCAAAGCAGCAAAAGAGGAAGACAGAGCACACUCCAAAAAGAAGGUCUAUGAAAGGCUGCAAAAGCAUUCUGCUGUGCACUAUGAUCCAGGCCUGCAACAGGACUUCACCAGUGACACCUUAAAAUCACGGCACCAGCAAAAAAGCAACAACCAGCAUCAUCUUGACUGGUCGAUGAGUUCCGAAUCUGGAUCAGCCUCCCAAACCUGCUUCAUUGCCCCAGAGCCAAAUCGAGAAGUUACUAGUUCCACCAAGAUCCUUGCUUUGGAGCCCACAGUAUCUUUCAGCAAGUCCCAAGCUAAGAAAUCCAAUGCCAGCAACACAUGGGGUCAGUUGCCAAGUGCUAAUAACAAAGACCAUGCCAUAUGCAGUGCAGUCUCGGGGUCAAAUUCUCUCGGGGUAACUUCCCAGCCUAACAAUCUUUCUGAUUGCAAUGGCUUUUCACCGCUAGUGAGUCAAGAGGGAGGGGGACAAAUGGAAGCCCUCGAUCAACCCACUGGCAGCACAAAGAAAAAGUCCAGUAAGAAAGACUUAAUUAACCAAUCUAUCCAAAACGCAGACAUAGAAUGGGUGAAGAGUGCUCAGAAGUCAUUUGAAGCCAAACCCCAUGACAACAUGGAAGGGAAAAAGGAAUCCCAUGCAACCAAACUGUCGCCCCCCAGGCAAAGCCCGAACUCUGCCAGCAGUUCUGAAAAUGAUGCUAGUCAUGUACGAAUUACUAUCCCAAUUAAGACAUCAACAGUGGAGCCGCCUGGCCACAAAAGGAAGAAACGGCAGUCUGCAAAAAUGGCUGUUGACAGGAACGUCACAGAGAAAAUCCCACCUUCUGGACAUUCUGUGAGCAGUGAUGUUGCCAGUAGGACUAACUCACAAGCAGAGCUGUGUAAGAAAGAUCUACGAGUCACAAAGCAAAUGAAAGCUACUGAGAGUGAGUCUCCCCUGGCACCAGUGGAAAACAAUGAGAUAAUCAAUAAGUCACCCACAAACAAUGCUACCAGACUCAGAAAGUCCACAGUUGUGACAUCUGCUUCAAUGACAAAUGGUAUCCCCACACCCAGCAAGCAAGCAGAAGUUCAGCAUCCGAAGUUUUCCGCAAAACGAAGGUGGACUUGCAGCAAACCUAAAAAUCUGCUCCGGGAACCUUCACUAGGCCCCUCUGAGAAACUGAUGGUAGAACCUCCUUCAGCUUAUCCCAUAACUCCAUCCAGUCCUCUGUACACCAAUACAGACAGUCUUACUGUGAUUACUCCCAUCAAGAAGAAAAGGGGGAGACCAAAGAAACAACCUUUGCUCACUGUCGAAACCAUCCACGAAGGAACGUCCACCAGCCCCGUCAGUCCAAUCAAUCGGGAAUUUCCCGGUACGAAAAAAAGGAAGAGGCGACGGAACUUGGUGAAGCUAGCCCAAAUGGCUCCAGGAGAAGAUAAUUCUAUCAGUGAGCUGAAAUUUCACAAAAAGGUUGGCAAGCUUGGUGUGUUGGAUAAGAAGACCAUCAAGACCAUCAACAAAAUGAAGACCCUCAAGAGGAAGAACCUUUUGAGCCAGAUCUUAUCCUGCUCUAGUAGCAUUGCUUUGAAAACAAAAACUCAGCCACCAGCUAGUACGGGGGCUCCAACCAUUGAUGCCAGACUAGGGAAGCAAAUAAAUGUGAGCAAGAGAGGGACUAUCUACAUUGGCAAGAAAAGGGGAAGGAAGCCAAGAUCUGAGUUGCAGCCCCCAAUGGAAGAACCUAAAACAGCCAUCAAGCAUUUGAGGCCUGUAUCCAGCCAGCCAGAAAACCCAGCAGUGCCUUGCACCUUGCAGUCGCUCGUGGCAUCAUCACCAGCAGUUCUUCAUCCUCUUUCGACUCAGUUAGUGGGGUCUAAUGGCAACCUUAGCCCCGCCAGCACUGAAACAAAUUUUUCAGAGUUAAAGACUAUGCCAAAUCUACAGCCCAUAAGCGCUCUUCCCACAAAAACUCAGAAAGGGAUACAUGGUGGGACUUGGAAGUUGUCCCCACCCAGGCUCAUGGCAAAUUCUCCUUCCCACCUUUGUGAUAUAGGCUCCCUAAAGGAAGUCACACUGUCUCCGGUGAGUGAGUCCCAUAGUGAGGAAACCAUACCAAGUGAUAGUGGGAUCGGUACUGACAACAACAGUACUUCCGACCAAGCGGAGAAGACUUCAGAAUCUCGUCGAAGAUAUUCGUUCGAUUUUUGCAGCCUGGACAAUCCGGAGGCCAUUCAGUCUGACACCAGCACUAAGAACAGGCAUAGUCACCGGCAGAAGCAUCUAAUUGUUGAUAACUUUCUCUCUCAUGAGACUAUGAAAAAACCAAAGCACAAGAGGAAGAGGAAAAACUUGCAGAACAGAGACGACCUCCAGUUUCUGGCGGAUCUGGAAGAGCUCAUCAGCAAGUUCCAAGUUUUCAGGAUUUCUCACAGGAGCUACACGUUUUACCACGAAAAUCCAUAUCCCAGCAUUUUUAGGAUUAACUUCGAUCACUAUUACCCUGUGCCAUAUAUCCAGUAUGACCCAUUGCUAUAUCUUCGCAGGACCUCUGACAUGAAGUCUAAGAAGAAGCGUGGUAGACCUGCCAAAACCAAUGACACCAUGACGAAGGUGCCUUUCUUACAAGGGUUUGGUUACCCUAUUCCCAGUGGGAGUUACUAUGCACCCUAUGGAAUGCCUUACACAUCAAUGCCUAUGAUGAAUCUUGGUUACUACAGUCAGUACCCAGCUCCUUUGUACUUGUCCCACACACUUGGAGCAGCUUCUCCAUUUAUGAGGCCUACCGUGCCCCCUCCCCAGUUCCAUGCUAGUUCUCACAUGAAGAUGCCCAAUACUGCCAAGCAUAAAAUGAAGCAUGGUGUCCAUCUCCAAACACCAGUAGGGAUGGGCCUUGGGGAUGUGCAUUCUUCAUUGACCUCUCCAAAGGUUGCAGGGACAAACAUACCCAGCGGCCGACUCCACAAAAGGAAACACAAACAUAAGCACAAACACAAGGACGAGCGGAUAUUGGGGGCUCAUGAUGACUUGAGCAGUCUCUUUGUUAGCAAGUCCACCGGCUUCUCCAGCCAUUCAGUAAGCGACAGAUUAAAUGUCUCAGACAAAGACCUCUCCUUGCUGAAUGAGAAAAGCAAGCAUAAAGAGAAACAGAAGCACCAGCAUUGUGAAACCGGGCACAAAGGUUCCAAGAGCAAUUUUGAAGUGGAUACCUUGUCUACGUUGUCACUCUCUGACACCCAACAGUGGGUGCAGAGUAAGGAUAAAGGCGACUUGAGUAACGAUCCCGUUGACUCGUGCAUGAAGAGGUACUCUGGGAACAAUGAGAGCAGUACAAGAUCUGAGUCCUUGGACGUGUUUGGCGAGAUUAAUUCCUUGAGCGAAAAGCGGGACAAUGACGGGAGCGGAAGCAAAAGGAGGACUUUUGAAGGAUUCGGAACGUACAGGGAGAAGGACCUUCAGACCUUCAGAACAAGUAGGAAGGACAGGAGCUCCUAUGAUCCCUCUGCCACUUCAGGAAUUACCAGUUCCCACCUGAAAGCAGACCAGGCUUCCCUUCACAAUAAACACGAGGGAUCUGCUUCAUCUGUGAUGACCCGUCGGAAACCAGCAGCUCUUGAUGGUAUUGCGACGUCCUCAACGCCAGUAUUAUCUCUCUUACCUUCGUCAGCAUCAGAAGCAGCCAACUCACCGCUCAAGAAACGAUUCAAGCGCUGCGAAAUCGAGGCAAUCCAGUGUGAGGUCCGCAAGAUGUGCAACUACACCAAGAUCCUCUCCAGCAAGAAGAACUUGGAUCACGUGAACAAAAUCCUGAAAGCCAAGCGGCUGCAGAGACAAUCAAAAACAGGCAAUAACUUUGUCAAGAAGAAGCGAGGGCGUCCCCGGAAGCAGCCGCUCUGUUUGGACGAAGACUCCAGAGACCAAAUGCCAGUUUUGGAAAAAUGCGUCGACCUCCCUUGCAAACGAGGUCAAAGGUUCGCGCUGAAUCCUUUAAUAUUGGAACAAGCAGCCAAUCAGGAUACAAUAGCCGCCACCAUCGAAGCCGUUAUACAUAUGGCCCGUGAGACAUCCCAGCUGCUCCCUCCGCCGCCGCCGCCGCCUUUACGGACACCGAGAGUCGGGAAAAGGAAAAACAAAUCGCAGCGACAUCUGGAGGACGAGGAGGAUGAAGUGAAGGUGAAAAGGCACCGGAAAACCAGAGGGAGUGAAAGCGAAAACCUUCCCUAGUAGUGAGCCCGGCCAAUCUAAAGACAGUGCUGGGGGAUUCGUGCCCUAGGACCAAUGGGUCGGAGUGCUCCGUAGGGCAAGGUCUGCUCGACACCCUUCUGCAGCAUCAGACUUGCUGUGUAUUUCAGUAGCACAUCAGCCAUUAAGCAUUCAGAUAGGAAUGACCAGUAAUAAUAAUAAUUACAAUAAUGACAAAUCUUUGGCAUUAGCCUUUGGGUUAAUAAUGGUGGAGGGGGGGUUCUGUGCAGAGAGAGUUCUUCAAACCUUGUAAGUCCAUCUGCUUUGCAGAGUUUCUGUUCUCAAAAGCCAGCGUUUUGUUUUGUUUUUUCUUGUGUCUCAGAAAGGGAGAGGGGGGGGGGUCACUCAGAAGUCAAUAGAGCUUCACCCAUGGCAGAACUAACCAUGACCCUACUAGGACGGUCAGCAGCUUUUGUCACGAAGGCGCCUGCUCCUUUUCAACAGGCACAUUGCAAGGAGAAAUUCACCAGCAGCAACUUUUCCAGUCACUGCUGUUACAGGAAGGGAAAAAUUGCACUUAUCAGAUUUCUCCCUGCCGUGCAGCCGUUGAGGAACAAGAGCCCCUGCCGGAAACGAAGUUGGCAAUCCUCAGAGUGGAAAUUCAUGUCACUCUUUAAAAAAUAAUAAUAAGUCGUGUAAAUUCCUCAACUGUGCUCUUGGUUUUGUUCUGCUUUGAAAAUGUUUCUAUUUUAUUUUAUCAAGUUUGGAUUUGUUUGUUUCCUCUCCGUUUUUUUUUUUUUUAAAAAUCAACCUUUGGGGCAGCGUGAAUCCCAAGAGACAUGAAUCACUGGCCAGAUCUACACCAAACAGGAUAUUGCACUAUGAAAGCGGUCUGAAAGUGGUAUA